AUGGCGUUUCCCGACAACAACGGCCCCGAGGGCCAGUCAUCAGCCCAACAAGUUCCCGGCGAAUACAAACCCACCUUGGCCGAUGUGCUGGUGGUCAGAGUCAUGCUGGAGAAGGCCGCAAAGUUUCCGCCCGAGCUCCUUGACCUCAUCUUCGACCAAGCCGAGUACUGGCCGCACUCCGAGGCCUCCAUGGCAUGGCAAGUCAACGUGCCCCGCGGCGGCGCCGGCAUCGUCGGCGGAGACCCCAAUGGCGAGAACAAGCUCCUUCUUAGGUGUCCCCCGAUUGGAUUCACCGACUACCGCAAGGUCGGGGAGGCAUUCAAGACGGCCCCGCUCCCGCCCAAAGAUGUUGACGGCUCGGCCGUGGAAGGGCCCCUGCAGAACUUGACUCUCAUGGAGCCGAAGUCGAGUCCGACACUGCCUACGCGCGAAGCCCCGAGGGAGUACUUCGAGGGGUCCAUGACGCAGCCGCCCGCGCUGACCCACCCGGUUCGAAAGAUUGUGUUCAAGUUGCGGAGCAAGGACCAAGGUUGGGGUGGCAGCCACGAAGAUAAGGGCACGUACAGGGGAUCGUGGACUUGGUUUGAGGCGGGAUUGGAGAAGUUCGACGAGGAGCGCAAGUGCGACGGUUCUUGCAAACGAUCAUCCCCGAGCCCACCCCCCGAACCCGAGGCGUCGGAGAGCAGCAAUACACCUGGUGGUGGAGCUUCGAACUUCUGCACCUGCGGUCUCCAAUCCGUGUAUCCCCCCGUUGUUUCCACUUCUUCAAUGACGGCCUACCACCACCACAUGCACGCCCUGGAUAACCUCAAGAUCCAGGCCAAUAAGACAGCGCAUAGGGAGUUUGUGGACCAUGAGGUGAUCUGGUCAUGGGCGGACGAUAUCCACCCAGAUUCGCCCGAGGGCGACCGUCUGGCGGAAAUGGGUCGCGGAAAGGGUACGGGCACGGGCAACUUCGUCCGCAGCUUGAAGCUGGGCGAUGUUGUUACCGUCUGGGGCAAGGCUCGGUUUGGGGGUUGGCGCAAUAAUGUGGAGAGCGUCAAGGUGGAAAUUUACUGGGCGAUUUGA